UCCCUUGAGGCGUGCCGGAACAAAAGACGUUUAUUGUUUUAAAAUGAAUUCAAAUUACGUGGUUGAAAUUUUUAAGUUUGUAGGACCAUGAAAGAGUUUGUAAUUUAAUAGGCACGUUUCAGCGAUUUGGUCGUGCUAUGAUCAGCAAUGUCAUAAUCUAUUUUAUAAAAUAUGGAACGUCAUACCAAACGUGUGUUUCUGUUUAUGUAUAUAAUACUUAAAAAACUUACAGAAUAUAACAACAUUAGAAAUUAUGGUAAACGAAGAAAAUAUAAUUUGAAACACGACGUGCAAUUACGGGUAGCAAUUUCUGUAGGUGCCAGGUGCAUGAUGGGACUGUGCAAACCACAUGAGUGGGGGUAAAAUGUUGUUAAUGAUAGAAUGUAGUAGUACAUUUUCUACCCUCUUUGGAUGAAAGCUAACGAUAAUUAAGCAUUAAUCUUCUUAUUCGUGUUUCUUAUGUAUUGAAGAACAGAAUAAGACAUUUGUUUAAAUAUGCGUUGUGCUGAUGUGCGUUAAAUUGAACCCAAUUCAUUCAAGGUUCUUGGCUCGUUGCGUUUGUUGCGGUAAAAUUCAAUAUGGCUGAUCAUUGUGUUUGGUGGAGUGAAGUGUUAAUUUAAAAACUUUUCUUCGGUUUAAAUGUCAUCUGUAAUUGAAUGAGUGAGUAAACAGAGUGAAUAUUUAUUAUUGUAAUUGACGAGAGCAUGGUUUUAGUGCAAGUUUAGUCUUGAGUUUUCAAUUAUCCGAGUACAGUCAUGUGCAAAACUUCACGUUCAACGCUAACUCUCGAAUUUAACUUUCUUUUAGUGCGUUAUUCCACGUGUAUUUGAAUUCGAAACAGUUGUUUCGUUAUUAUUUUAGUUGCUUCAUCAUGUCUAGCACAUUUGUGGCUGAUACUACAGAUGACCACAAAUCGGACAAUACACUCAUCAUAAUUGUAAACAAUGAUGGGACCGUAUCUGUUGAUCAGGAAACACUUCAAAAUCUUAUAGCAAAUCAACAAAACACAGCAGUGAGUGUUGUGCGAGUGGGGGCUUCUACACAGAGUGAUGAUAACAGUCAGGAUUCAAAUGGAACAUGUGAUAGUCAAAGUGAUGGAAAUCCACAUGUCAACCUCACAGUUGAGGGUUUCUACCCUCCAUCUACAGCUCAGACAAGUACCUCAGAAGGGCCUAGUGAGACUUUGGUUGAUCCCUUCCUGGAAAUGGAUCCUGAACAGCUGGAGAGGCUGGAGACAGCUUUGCAGUCUGAGCAGGCCAAGCAGAUUCUUGGUGAAAAUGUUACAGCCAUGCUAGACAUGCUGAGUGUGGAAGAAGAGACAGCUCAAUUGACUGAUUCAAUUCGCAUGGAUCAUUGUUAUACCAAUCUGUCACCAUCGUCUGCACCAACAACUUCAUCCACACCAAACCAUCAGUAUGGACCUGUUGGUAGUAGUGAUACAGAUACAAGUGACAACAGCUUUGAACAGGAACCUGUUCGCCAACCUGUCGUCAUGUCAUCUGUAACCAUGCACCAGCCAGCACGUGCUAGAGGCCGAGGACGAGGACCAGGUCGUCCAAGGAAAGAUGUAAGUGCUGUUCGAUCCUCACAGUCAUACCGAGGGUUAUCAAGAGGGACUGGUCGUGGCAGUACUAGAACAACCAGGGGUGGCCAAAUGGGAACUGUUGCACCUGGAAUGGUCAUGGUACAGCAGAUCAAGUCAAUAAACCCACCUUUGGCACCACCACCCUCAAGCCCCUCUUCUGCAAGUCUUGUUCCACUUAUUAAGCCGUUAGUAAUAACUGGCAGACAUGGUCACCAGAACACUGCAGCAUUAACUGGUACUACAGGUGGUCAAGUAACAGUACAAAAACAGGUUGUGGCUGUAUCGGGUGAAAGUACUCGUUUAGUAACCCUAACAGGUGCAAAGUUGGGACAAGUCAUGGCAGGAGGCCAGCAGAGAUUGUUAAUAGCAACUAACAGAACUUUUCCACAACAAUUACAAAAGCAGAAGAGGCUUCAGACACAGAAACCAAAACAAAAUCAGCAAAUCCUAACAAGUGUGGGACAAGAUGCUGGUGUUACAACUGGAGGUAAUGAAGGAAGUCAGUUGCCAGCAGAACAGGAUCUUGUAUCGUCAAAUGUCAUACCUGGGAUGACAGUUGCACCUGGCCAGGCAAAGGUAUUGGUAGCAAAAAUGCCAACAAUACCACCUCAACUACUGGGUGCACAGCCAUCUACAGGGCUAACUGAGGCCUUGCAGGAGGAUAAGUUGCAAGAUAAUGAAGCUGAUUUCACACAUUUUCCUGGCCAAGAUGAAGAAAAUGAGGAUUUAGAUGCAUCAGAGGAUGACAGUGAUGAAGAUCUUGAUGCUGACGAUGAAGAGUAUGUAGGUCCUGGUGGAGGAGCAGGCCGACGACGUGGUAGAUUUGGGACCAGAUAUAGAGGUGCUAGUCGUCGGAUGCCAAGGGGAGCUCGCUUUAGGGGCAGUGGUCGUUUGUGGGAUCGUGGAACUGGUCAUGGUCUCAGCAAGGUGGGAGUUAAAAGAAGGGGAGGUCGUGGCCGUGGAGGGCAUGGUCGGCCAGAGGACGUUGAACGUGCUCAGCGUUUAGAGGCGGAAAUGGCUGCGGCACUUGCUGCCAUGGAUCAAUCUCCAGACAGGGAUUUAAUAUUAAAAUCUGUUGGAAAUGAGGGAGUUACAAUAGACAGGGCGGAUGGUUCAACAGUUGUAGAGAAACAGGAAGGACUACUGGAAACUUCAGAUUCAGAAGUAGGUUCCAGGAAAAAGGCUGUGAAAGGUAAUUUAAAGAAAAAACUGACUUUGAACAAAGAUGUAGAAGGAAAAGUGAAUGAAAUGACAGAGACUAAAAUGUCCUCUGAGAAGCCUGUUACUCCAACAGGGUCAGAAAAGAAAACACCAUUGAAGAGUCCAACAAGGAAACAUUCUACUGAUGUACCUCAGCUGCCAUCUACAACCCCACCAUCAACUCCCACAAAUACAGAAGCUUCCAAAGUUGAUGGUAGAAAAAAUUAUCCGAAGCGUGAAAAUCGUAAACCACCAGCCCACCUAGCAGAAGCUCUUGGACCUGCAUUAUUUUCCACACCAGACAUCAUACGUAGGGUUAGCACUGGAAAUGAACAGAAGACUACUACACCUCCAGAAAUACUUGCUGCUGAAACAAAGAAAGAUGCAAAUAAUGCAUCAACCCCAAGUGAUGUGUCAGGACUUAAUAAGACACCCUCUGUCCAAGAGGAAGCAGAUGUUCAGGUUUCUGGACAAACAGAACAAGAUCCAGCUUUCUCUGAUGAUGUUGGAACAGAUCUUCAUGUUCCAGAGGAUCAGAGUCUUCUGGAUACAUUACAUGUUGAUGCCACAAAAACAGAAGAAGAAUUACUAGCUGAUGCCCUACUGUUACAACAACAUAUUGGUGAUGAUACCUCAGCUGUGGAAACUGAAAGUGUCGAUGUAGAAAAACCAGUGAAUUCAGAUUCCAGCCCUGAAGAGCCAGUUUCAGGUACAGAUGUUGAAGAGUCAUCAUCUGAAGUUGCCUCUGCUUUAUUAGUUGCAGCUGCUGCAAAGUCAGCGACUGUAACUCGAUCAACACGUAGACGUAGUUCAAAUGUGCAGGAAGCUCAGUCUAAGAAAGAUGCCACAAGAACUGUUUCUCAGAAACAGCAGCAAACUCAAGUCAAGGAAAGAAGAAAGUCUGAAGAGAACAAGAGUAUGCAAGCUAAAGGAAAGGCAAGGAGCCGAUUAUCAGAAGUUGAAACCAAAGAUGUUGAGGAUGAUGAUGAUUCAGAUGCAGAAAGUUCUGAUGAAAGCUGGAAUUCUGAAGAUGAUCCAGAUAGACUUUGGUGCAUCUGCAAGAAACCACACAAUAAUCGUUUCAUGAUUUGUUGUGACUCCUGUGAGGACUGGUUUCAUGGAAAGUGUGUUGGUGUCACCAAAAGCAUGGGUAAACAGAUGGAGGAAAAUGGUUUAGAAUGGUGCUGUCCAAACUGUAACAAGAAGAAGGAAGGUGAAGGAAAAGAACAUGAAGCAAAGAAGCAGAGCAGAGCAGUCAAAGAGAAGGAUGUAAAAAAGUCUGUUGCCAAAGGAAGUCAUCAUAAAGAUGUACAGAAAGAGAGUCAGAAAGAAACACAGAAGGAUCCCAAGGAGCUUGCCAACAUUGAGGAAAUUGUAACCUCAACAGCGCAGAAACAAGCUAGUGUGAGUGAUGGAGUUAUGUACUGCAUAGUAUGCAAGAAAGAAGCGCGUCCAUCCAGCAUCUAUUGCAGUGACUCAUGCAUUCUGAAACAUGCUCAGGAGUCACUCAGCCUAAUCAACAAAGAGAAGCAUGUACCAGCUGGAACACUGGCUGCUGCACAAAUGGGCCAUAACCAACACCAGUUGUCAGCACCUCAUGGACAGAAUGAACAGCAGUUGCGGCAACAUUUGGCAGCCUCUGGAAAUGUAGCUGCUGGUGCUUCAGCACAGAUUCCAAGGGCCAAACCUGAUGCCCGAGUCAUUGUAUUUGAAAGAAAAACAGGAAGACUUUUGGCAGGUCCAAAUGCUCCUACAGCAGGGAACUUGAAGACCUGGUUGAAAGAUAAUCCAACGUUUGAAGUUGUUCGGCCAGGAGUUUUGCCAACAACCAAGUUUUACAAUCAGAAAGUAGCUACACAACAAAAGCAAGUUCAAAAUACAAAAUCACUUUAUAUGCAACCAAAGGUUGUUACAAUUCAGUCCAAAUCUGUCACCAUCCAUCCGAAACCUGCAGCAGGUGCAGUAUCACCAACAAAGCCUCAGGUAGUUCCUUUAGUGAGUCGAGUCCAUAAACCAGCAGUAUUGACUCCAACUGUAAUUACUGCACGAGAGGUAUCUACAAAGAGUGUUGCAAAAGUUGGUCAGGGAGUGAAGUCCCCAACUGGAACUGCAAAGACUAUAAACAAAUCUACAUCAAAUGUUACAAAUGUAGCACAGGGAGGGAAACCAGUGCAGACCCCUGCAAUUUCCAAAGUUGCAGCAACUUCUACAGUUAAGGAAAAUACGGUUGCUAAGAGUCAGACACCUGUAGUAGUAAAGAAAGUUGAGGUUAAACGCACUUCAUCAACAUCAUCAACAGAAGCUCCAAGGAAGGAAGAGGAAAAACCUCCAGGUCCAGAACCAAUCAGAAUUAAUGUCCGUAAAACGCUACAAGAACUUCUUCAGAGUCGAAUACAAGAAUGCACAGAUCUUAUUGUGGGAGAAGAGGAUAUUCAGAAAAUAGCACUUAAUAUUGAGGAGGAAAUGCACACAUACUUCAGAGACACAGGAAUCAAAUACAAAUCAAAAUAUAGGAGCCUUGUUUUUAAUAUUAAAGAUCCUAAGAACUUGACUCUUUUUCGAAAGAUUGCUGAUAAGUCAGUGACUCCUUUUCAGUUGGUACGACUGUCUCCUGAAGAAUUGGCUUCACAGGAGUUGGCCCAGUGGCGUGAAAGGGAGGCAAAGCAUCAGUUAGAGAUGAUUAAAAAGAAUGAACUAGAUUUGAUGGCUCUAUCAAAGACAUAUGUAAUGAAAACACACAAAGGUGAACAGGUAAUAGAAACAGAUGAGGGUGUGAAGACUGAUGUUCCAGAGCUAGUAGAUGCAUCUGCAGUGCCAGAUAUAGUUUCUGCUCUGAACAAUUCUGUGUCUUCGACAGUGGAAGAUACAACCUUAGAAGAAGACAGAGAAAAGAUCAAAGAUAAAGGAAAAGAAGGCAAAGAUAAGGAGAAAAGAAAGGAAAAAGAUCGAAGUUCAAGAGAUAGAGAAAAAUUAAAACGUGAUGAAAAAAAGAAGGGAAGUCGUGAUAGGGAACGUUCUAAAGAUAAGGAUGGAACCAGGCAUGAAAGUCGUCGAGACACCGGUCGAAGUGACCGAGAUGGCAAGCGAAGUGGAGAACGGGGAAAGUCUAGUAGUAAGAAUAAGCAUCACCACCAUCACCAUGGUUCUUCUGAACGAGACAGGAACAGGAAGGAACGAAGAGAUGAUGAAUUGAAGAAAGAUGAAAUGCGGCUUACAAAGGAAGAUAUAAAGAAAAGUAUCAAAGGAGAAAGUAAGGUUGCAGUUGAUAGCAGAAUUGAACAAGGUGUGAAGAAUGACAUAAAGACAGAAAAUGAAGACCAAAUUAAAGUAGAUUCUUUGGAUCAGGUUAAGGUAGAAGAAGACAGUGAUUUAUCUGACAGAGAACCAAGUUCCACUGUGACAAUCAAGACUCCAGACAUCAAUAACAUUGAUGAUAGUUCAACUUUGGGAACUGUGGACAUUGAUAAGAGUGCAGGGGCAUCUGCGACAGUAUGGAAGGGUUUUGUCAAUAUGCCAGAUGUAGCAAAGUUUUUUACCACAGUUCAGGUUGUGUCUGGGGAUUCACAGAAUCUGUGCAAAGAUCUUCCUGACACAGUGGACAUAGUUGGCAGGAUCAUACCUGAAACAGUUUGGGACUAUAUCUCAAAAAUGAAAAAGUCUGGAACCAAAGAAAUAUUAGUAAUACGUUUGACAGCAGCAAAUGAUGAAGAGAAGAUACCAUACAUCACACUUUACACAUAUCUUAAUACCAGAAAUCGCUUGGGAGUUGUUGGAAAUGUUUCCAAAUUGAUUAAAGAUUUCUAUAUUAUGCCUCUUGCAAGCCAUAAUCCAGUACCACAAGUCUUACUGCCAUUAGAUGGACCUGGUUUUGAAGAUUACAGACCACAUUUGCUACUUGGAAUACUAGUCAGAGCUCGACGAAAGAGACUUGCUCCAGAACUCACUUACAUAGCCAAAGUGCCGAAACGCCCUCCACCUCUCCCGUCUGUGUUAGAGACUACAGAGAGAAGUUACACACCCCCACUUCCUGGUUCAGGGGAUGAUAUUGGCAGUCUGACACCACCAAAUCCCCCACCUAAGUUAGUAGCAUCUGAGGGUUACACACCACCUCAUUCACCAAAACGUGUGUUGUUUGGCGCAAAGAAGUUUCGUGCUAAUACAGAUCCAAGAUUAUCACGUAAACAAAACCAGGACACUGGGCAUGAUGGGAAAAUUUUGGAGAAAAGAGAUGAAGAGUUGAUUCCUGGUGUCAUUGUUCCUUCAGACACACCUAAAUUCAAUCUGAGUUCUAUGGAUGAUGAUGAUGCACCAUAUAGCCCUGGUGGUGGAAUGGAUGAAGACAUUGGAGAAUCUAGUGAAGAUAAUCUGCUUGCUACACCAAAGAAUCCUUCUGAACUUCAGAGGAAAAUGGAGGAACUCAAUCGAAAAAUUGAAGAGCAGAAGCAGCAAAUUCAGAGUAUCAGUAGUGCUAUUGUGGGAACUGAUUCUGCUGUUGUAUCUGCAGUUGGGGUAACUGGGGUGGAAUCAUUGCAGGCAAGUACAGUUAUGCAUGGCUACUUGAUUGGCUCUGGAGAUGAACCAUGUGCCUCUGCAUCUACUGCUAAUGUGGACACUGAAGAUGAAAAUGAAGCUUACAGUCCAUCUCGAUCAUUUACUCCCCCACCAUCAGACUCAAUUCCAUUUAUUGGAGCACCAAGUGAUCCUACUACUACUGUACUUUCUGCUAUACCAUCUAACAUAUCUUUGCCUUCAAAUCUUAGUGAAAUUCUUGCCAGUAUAAAGAGACGUGAAUCAGAUGGUUCUUCAUUGACAACAGGUAUUGGUAAGGGAAUCAACCUUAAGGAAGAUCCUAUUGUUCAAAAUUAUGCCAGUGGAAGGUCAUCAGAUGACUUAAAAUCAACAAAGUCAGAAAAUGAUGAUCUAAAUUAUGUACCUCAAAAAGAUGAAACAUCUUCACCAGAUCCAGGAUCAUAUGCUUCAAGUUCAGUCUCUUCUCUAACCCAGUCUUCAUUCACAUCCAGUACUACAGCUACAAAAGCAAGUCUUCUGAAUCCUGCUUCAUCAGUAGUUCCAGCUCUGUUAUCACUUUCAACACCUGUAGUCCAUCCCCCAUUAACAAAGACAGAAGCAAAUCUUGCUAGAGACCCACGUCAAAAACAGACAGACAUGAUGAAACCAACAACCACUUUAAGCUCUUUGUCAGAUGAUGAUUUGAUUAAAAAAGCCAUGGAGAUGGAAUUAGCAACAGCUGUAGCAGAAAAACAGAGUGCAAUGAUGAAUUCUACACUUCAGCAGCCUCUUCCUCCAGGAGUAGACAGUUUCCCAGUGCCACCUGCAUCAGCAGGACCACCAUCACUGCAACCCCCUGUUAAACCCUCACAUACUUCUGUGAAAUCUCUUCCUUCUGGUCAGCCGCUACCUCCAGGUCUUGAAGAUGAAGAAUACCCAUCUUACGCAUCAUCAUAUGCGCCCCCUCCCCCUUCCUCUCAGACUCCUACACCACCGCAUGCAAUACAGCCACUUGUACCACAUCAGAUACCACCUCAAACUGUCAACUACCCUGUCAGACAUACUAAUCCAGUGCCAUACCACAUGCAACCCCAUCAUUAUAAUCCCCCACCACCUUCAACAUACAACAUGGGGCCACCCUCUCAUGUUGGAGCCACUCAAGGAAGCAGUUUCAGUUCUUCAUAUGUAUCAGCUCCUCCUGUUCUGUAUGGUGGAGGAAAUGCAGGAAAAGCCACACCAAAACCUGUGGAAGAUACUGUGUCAAUGUUAGGAAACAAGCGCAAAUAUCAUGAAAUGGAAGAUGACAUCCCUGAUUCUGAGAAACGAGAACCUUCUAAUGGCGGGCAAAGAAGAGAACCAUGGGAUAAGAAGGUUCCAAUUCCGAUGCGAGGACGAUUCAAUCCACGUGGUGGCAUGAGGGGUGGAGGGGGUAGAUUUGGUGGUUGUGGUGGAGGUCCUCAUUCACAAAGGGGCUACUUAAGGCCUCGUGGUGGAAGGAAUGGGCCCCCACACCGGACAAGGUGGGGUCCACCAGCCUCAGAUGAUGAUUUGAAGUCGUCUCGUUAUGAUGCUAAUAUUCGUUCUGAGUGGGACUCACAUAUUAAGGAGUUUGAGGAAAAGCAGCGGGAACGAACGAGAGAGAUGAAACACAGAGAGAGGGAACGGAAUAGGGACAGACCUGCUGCUAGCACCAGUAGGUCGUAUGCUAGUGGGUCAAGAAGCAGUAAAAGUAGAAACAGUGAUAAAGGUAGUGAUGAUUCUUCAUAGAUAGCAGUGAGUGUUUUAAAGAUUGGAAUGUAGUGCAAAUAUAUGGUUGCCCAUGGAAAAUGUGCAUCUCUGUUGACUGGUAGCCAUGUGAUAAUGAUGCCAGAUUUUGUGCAGAAAGUGAGAUUUGGGUUGACUGAUCUCAUAGUUCUUGUUGUUUAAUAAGUGUUGGUAUUUGGCUGUAAAUAUUAAGGGUAGGGCAUUCUUCAAACAAUGCUAUUAUAGAAUUGUGCUUGCAUAUAUAUAACUGUUAAUAUCUUUCUAUGAAGUAUGCAGGACGUGAUUCAAUAUAUUUGUUGUGCCCUGAGAUUGAAUAUGAUAGUGAUAUAAACAUUAGAUUUAAUAUCCUGAACAGCACUGAAACUGAAUGAUUUUCAAUACUUUGCAGGCUAAGUACAUGUGAAAAAUCAUGUGAUAUAAUCUUGUAUAAAAUGGUUUCCAGGCAGUUUGCAUUACACUUUAAGUGAGGAAGUAGAACAUGGACUCGAUCUAUUUGGUAAUUUUACUUGUGUUGUAAAUGACGUUAGAAGUGAUAAACAUCAUGCCAUUUUUUUCUUAUCUUAUUUCUGCCUACCAAGCAUUUAGUUUGAGUUAGAUUUUAUUUUGCAGAAAAUACAAUGUGUUGAUAUGUAUAGAUAUAUGAAUGAAAAACUAGUGAAUAGAUAAUUAUACAAAAACUUGAGUUUUUUGUUAAGUACAAACAGGUUUUUUUUAUUGUCAAGAAAUUUACAGUGUUCAUGGUGCAUUAUCAUCUGAUUGUACAUUCAGAUCAGCAAUGUCACUGUCUAUAAUUUUACCAAUGUAUUUAAAUAUUAAUAUACUAUGUGUACCUGAACCAACUGCUAAGUACUGUUCUUCAAACACUGCCAUUUUGUAAAACAGUUUAGCACAAAAUUAUCGCUAAUUUCUUCCCAUUUCUGUAGAAAUUGUUUUAUGGAUAUCUUAUGAUGAUUUUAAAUAUUUGAAGGCUAGAUAUGGAAAGUAUCAAAUGACAGUAUGCCACUUCUUUGUGGAGUGGCUUGCUGGUUGCCUCUUAUACCUGUGGCUUCCAUAAGGUUUUGAAGAAAAAACAGAUUUUCUUAAGAAAACGAGAACGACCGUCUUUUUCUUACCCCUUGUGGUUUGAAGAUGUGAUUUUUCACCCUUUAUUUUGCUAAUAUUUAAUAUAUUCAUAUUAUUACUCUGUUCUCUCUAUCAUCACAGUUAUUUGCAGUACUGUCAGUAAAUAAUCAUUCAUUCAAUUUCAUGUAGAGAGAGCAGUCAUAUCACAGUCCUCCAUCUUUGGCUUGACUUCACUUUAAUUAUGAUGUUUUUGCAUGUAAUUAAUACAGAACAUACUGAAACUACCAAGAUUCUGUGGUAUAUGCAAGAACUUGGUGAUACAAAGCAUAUCCAUUACCGACAAUAAUUUAAUUUACAGAAUGCAGGCAAGGAGGCUUGUUAUGAUAGUAAUCUGAAGGGGUAGGACACAGUUAUUAAGUAGGAUUUGAUCUUGAGCACAUUUAUUUAUCACUGAUCCUGUUAUAAUAUUAUAAAUUUUCAACACUUUCAAAUAUGACACGGUUUAUAAAUCUUAAAAAAUCUUGAGUAGUGAAACAUCAUAAUUUCCUUUGCAUAAUACAGUAUAUUACAAUAAUUACAUGACCAGAAAUAAUUUAUGAAAUUGAAUCAAAUAGCAUUGAUAUUUAUGUCUAUAUUUUGAAAAUAUGGCUGUUCCAUACAUGUUUUUCUUUUUUCAUUUCUAACAGAAAAGUAUUGUGUUAUAAAUAAAUGUAAACGAAAAUAGAUGAAAAUGAUUAACCAAAUUGCCAGAAAAUAGGACCAUGGAAUUAUAAACAAAGCACUGAACAAAGGCAGAAUUUGUAGUCCACUGUCAAGCAUUGCAUGACAUGCUGUCUCAUGCAGGAAAUGAACAUUAGACCACAGAAGUUAUGUGCUUUUUUAGGAUGAUGCCAUAAAAAGAACUGCCUAGUAAAAAAUCAUGCUGGAAGGGACUACCAUUUGGACUAAAUUAUACCUAUCAUCUCUUGAUAUUUUUUUAUUUUAAUUUUUUAGCUGGCUGAAUACAAAUUUGUGUUUUUAAAUUUUAUAUUGUUGUUGUCAUAAUCAGUUGAACAGUAUUAUUAUGGUCCAUAUUAUCUUAUUUUUUAUGAUCCCAGUGUAGAGUAAUGACAUCAGUUUACAUUAUUCCAUCUCUAAAAUUUAUCUAAUAACUGCUGUGCAGGUUGGUUAUAUUCUGUGCAUUUAAAGUUCACAUAUUAUAGUUUUUAACCCUUGCAGUCCAUUAAUGAAUAAAAUUUCACAUUCUCUGAAUCUGAGAAAUGUAAUUUUAUUACAUAUAAAUUUGUUGAGUGAUGGCUUCACAAAAUGAUUGUGCUUUGUAGACUUGAUAAGAAAUUUACAUUCAUUUUAGAUACGGGACCUUAGGUUUUUAUUGGUUUGGUUCACAAGUAAAUUUGUGGUUAAAGUUUAGAAAUAAGAACAAAUGUUUUGUUAAACGUUAUUAAUUCAGCAUCUUAAAAAAUAGUAUUUAAUUUGGAAUAAUUUGGUUUAUUCUGCUCCUAGAAUAUUGUCAGAAAAUAAUGAAUAGUUUGCAGAUAACUAGAAAAUGGUCAUCAGUUCAUGAGUGAUUUAAAGAAAAUUAAAAUUAAUUAUUCAGUAGUUUUUAUGUAUAGCAUACUGUUGAACCCUUACAAGGCGUGACACCUAUAUAAUUUGAGUUCUUAACAUCAUUAAAUAAAGUAAUUUUUAUAAGGAGACUGAAUAUCCUUCCACCUAUAGUGUGACACCAUCAAGAUAUGUUUAUGGGGAUUCUUACAGAAGUUUAACAUACUUGAUUGCUAGGCUGCCACUGUAUGAAGGUCUUACCUAAUUGAGGGGUACGGGUCUUUUGUAUGCAGUUAUUCAGCUAUCAGUAAUUUACCUUUGUGUUAAACCCAGAGGUUCAUCAGCAUUAUCACAAAAGCCUGCUUGUGCACCCUGUCCUCUGCCCACAGAUGUAAAUAUAUUGUUAAAUAUUAAUGGUGUUUUCAUUAACUGCUUCCAAAAAAAUCUUGUGUUGAUGCUUGCAGUUAGGAAUGAAUUUAUGAUCGUAAAAGUACAAACAGGCAAUGUCCAUUUCAGUAGACUUCAGGUUGUCUUCCUUAGGUCCCACUUCUAAUCUGUUGGGUUUUGUGGGGUACAAACUGAACAUGGGUGAAAUGAUCAUCAGUAUUCUGCCUCUUCCCUUUCCUUCUGUUUUACUGUUUAUUUCUCUUCCACUGACAAAAUCAGUGAUGAAUACCUUGCAAUUCACCCUACCAGUCAGAUGAUUGUUGUAAUACAGCGCAGUAUUAUGUGGCCUGCUUAAGAACGUAAAGUGACAUGUGGAACACUAUUUUUAUACUGAGUGUAUGAAGUAUAUAAUACAUUAUCAGUACAUUAUUUUCUGUGCUUUAUUACUUUAAGUACUAAUGCUUGUUGCAUGUACAGUUGAUCUUCCCAUAUUUUCUUCAGGCAUCAAAUAUUUCUCUUCCCUCAUAGGUUUACAUUUCAUAAUCAGCUGAGAUAUUCUUUCUAACUUCCAUCCUUUGUAUGUGGUUUGCCCAUUUCUUCCUACAACUAUCUAUAGCUCAUUUCACUUGCUCUAAGUGUACUUCUAUCUAACAUUAUCCAGGUGUCACUGCCAUACAAUGAACUUGGUACUGACAUGACUAUAAAAUUUUAAUAUUGUAUUCAUCCUUCAUUACUUCCCAAAUUUUGUGCUGUAUGUUUUUAAAUCUUUCAAAUAUGGUGCAAUUUACUGUGUCCUCUGAAAAGCCAUUACUUGACUUUUAUGUUCUGAUAUUUCUCUUAGUUUAUAGAGCUAAUGUACAGCUUUCUGCAGACAUAUUUACUGUUUAUUUUCUCUGAGCAGUAUAUUCAUGUUAUACCUGUCCCUUUUCUUUAUCACCACACUAUGAAGGCAUGAAGUAAUGGGUAAUGCGCUACACUGAGGUGAGUGGUCGGUUUCGCUCGGUUACCAAUUGGACAAGAGGCUGGUGGAUCCCAGAACCAGUCUGAAUGUGAUGGCAAAGGUAAAAAUCCUAUUCAUGUUGAGAACUGAAUUCUGAUUGUCCAGUUUGCAAAAACCCACUCAGCUAUUUGGAUCAUAGCAGGACACACAUGAGGUAAAUGAAUAUGAUGAUUGAUGUUGACGCAUGACUUGUAGAUAGAUGAUGUUUCAGAGGAAUUUACUGCUUCUGUCUUCAGCUCUAAGAUGGCAGCAUUAAGUUCUGAAAAAUUGAUAUCUGCCUAAAAGUCCAUAGGAGAUUAAAACCUAGAAGACCAACAUUGACAUCUUCACCACCAUGACAAUCUCAGAUCAUAAAUGAAAAUGGUUUUAUGGAUGGUGUAAAUGCAAACUGCCAUUGCAUCAUCUACUUCCUUGUGUUCGUACGAGCAGUCUGAAAUCCAGUUACACAUGGUCUUAUUCCAUUUAUGGAAUCUGAUCUAUAAAAGAAAACUACUUUGGUUGUAUUUCAAUAUUUUUCACACUGCUGUCCACUGCACAUAAUAAAGAGCAUUAAUUAUGAUUUUUCAGCUGUUUGUGCAUUGUAAAGCAGUCAUUGCAGAAGCUGUAAUUGCAGAUGAGGAAACUACUGUUAAUGUGUUUAGGAGUUAGGGGAGUAAAGGAAUAAGAGUUAUUAUUCUAUUAGUGACAAGAUCCUGAUCUGAAGAUAGUAAUGAAUUCCCAGAAAUUGAUGUCAUCAUGUAAUUCUUCCAAUAAUAUAGUUAAUUCUGUAUAAAGUUACUGAAAGAGGGGAAACCUGAUAAUGUAAGUAUGUGUAUAUGAAUAUUUCUGAGAAAAGGAAAUGAAUUCCCUUCUUGGAGCAUGAAUAUAAUAUUCCUUAUAAAGUAAAUUUGAGAUUUUUAAAAUGGUAUAUGUACUUACUAUGUAUGUACUAAAGGAAACUUGUAUUGGGAAACGUGCUGUCUAAUCAAUACAUAUUUUGAUUCAG